AUGGAUCUAGCUGGAUUCAAAGUAGUAUUAGGAAUGAAUUGGUUACUGGCCAAUCAUGCUCGAAUCCUGUGUGAUCAAAGUUCUGUUGAGAUUCAUAUGCCAACAGGAGGAAUGAUCAUGAUCCGAGGAGACAAGCCAACCAAGUCAAUAAAAUUCAUCUCUGUAAUGAAAGCUGCAAAUUAUGCACGGAAGCAAGGCAUAGUGUAUAUGGUCUCGGUAAUCAUAAACACUAAAAACAAGAAACUAAAGGAAAUUCCAGUAAUAUCGGAAUACCCCGACAUUUUCCCAGAAGAUCUACCUGGACUACCGCCUGACCGGGAAGUAGAAUUCAGAAUUCAUCUGGUACCUGGAACUGCACCAAUUGCUAAAGCACUUUAUCGAUUAGCCCAGACGGAGAUGUUGGAAUUGAAGAAGCAAUUAGAUAAAUUGCUAGAAAAAGGUUUCAUAUAA